UUUGCAGCAUGUGACAGUCGGCAGGGGUAUUUAGCAUUCUUGUGUCUCUGGAUGUCGAGAGACGAUGGCGACGAUUGCGAUCGCCGCGAUUGAAACAGGAAUUUUGACGUGCCAUCGAGUAGAAGUUGGAGCUCGAGUAGAAGUUGCAGCUCUCAGCAGAUAUUCUCGAUGUUAUCGGGCACGAUGGAGCUUUGCCUCCAGUUCCUGGAAGAUUCGAGGAUCUAGGGGGGAAGAUGAUCGCCCAUCACCGAUGGAAAUUUGGCCGGGAGUUUCAUCGCCGGUGGACUUCGAGUUUGGCUUUCAAGUUCCACAAGAGGAGACAUCGAAUUUGGAUGAAUUUGAGAGCAUUGCCGGCUUUAGUGGAAUAGAAGAUUCUAUUUUGCAAACCUACAUGGGCGAUGUGGAUAUGCUGGAAGAAGAAGAACCGUUGUCUAAGUUCGUGCCGCCUCCACAAAUCCCUUUGGAAGGUGCAGAUUGAGAAGUAUAAGUUGUGACUAUUUACGUACCGACCGCUGUUGCCUUUUGCCUGUUUACAAUACUUACAAACAAUCUUUUCAAGCCAAAGUUUAAUUUGAGCGCAGAUGUUGAAAUUAGAAACAGAGUUGAGGAGGUGAUGUACACCUUGCUGGACUAUCUACCAGGACCAAUGGCGGUCCUUCUAGAUGACCAGAGAAAGUGGGAUGCAGUUGUUAAGAUGUUUAGUGAAUCAGUCGAGAUUCAAGACCCCCUUCUGUGUUUGAAGGGAGUACAAAGCUUUAAGACUUUUCUGAGAGUUCUCUGCGAGUCCGGCAUCAACAUAGACCUGCACGAGGUUUACUACGAGAAUCUUGCUGCUGACAGAUCCAAGCGAUGGGUAUAUGCUGUAUGGACUGCAACUCUGACAAACAACUUGGAAGAGAGUGUAGAGAACUUAAACAUGAAGGAGUGGUGGAGCAGUGCUUUUGGUUCACUUCUGGAGCAUCUUGCUCAACGUCAAGAUGGAGUGCAAAAUGCACUUGCAGGGGAUGAGUUAUUCAGAACGACAACAAUCGUGGAUGGCGAGGAAAAGCAUUUUAAGAGGUUUCAGCGGCUUAAUGUACUCAAGUUAUCGGGGGAAUCUAAGUUUGAAGUCAAUCAAGCCGGCCUGGUGACGGGUGUACGUUCGAGGUGGUAUAAACUGAGAGAACAAGAUGCAAUGGAGUUUUCCGCAUCAAAGCUGUGGCUUACUGGUCUAUUUUCUAGAGGAAUGUAGCCGUAUUUGACGCUUAGACCUCUUCGCAUUCGAUUCGUUACUUUCCAUCUAAUACCUAUGUGCGGUACAGUGCAGAACGUUACCUCGAUGUUGUCAGUAUUUUUUUACGUCUAGGUGAUGGUUAAUUCUCACAACUGACAAUACUGGUACUGUCAGUUGUGAGAAUAAACCAUCACCUAGUUCUUCGAGGAAGUACGUAGUUUAUAUUUCCGUUUGGAUCACUUCCCAUUUCGUUAUUUUGUGAUACAGAUUCGGUGUUAAAUGCGUCGACGAUGAGAGAGAGUAGUAUAAUCGAGCAUUAUUCCUGGCAAUAUCAUCGAGCUGUGAGCUCGUUGAGCGUGUUUAUUCAUGUUGUUCGCAAGUAUAUUUCAAGCGAGAAAACUAAAAUAUAACUUUUUAGAAGACAGGCCAAUGUUGCAGAUGAAGGGAAACGUAGUAGUGAGUGAUGACGACCGAAUUCUAACUUAGUUAUGUAGAAGACGGUGCGGAAGGUUCAAACUGGAUGGUUCUUGUACAAAACUCAGUGUGUCAGGCAGGAUCAGUUCGGUGGGCGAGAUUUUUAGGAACACAUUCAAAUGGAAAUUGUGUGAACCUCAAAGACCAUGGUCGCGCUCUUUGGGGUUCAUACAUUUAAUAUUCAAUCUACAUGCAUGGUAUAACCUUAACUGUGUUUAUGGUCUACAAAUAAA